AUGUCCUCAACUAAUCAACAAAGACCAGGUAAUCCUAACAGACAACCACGUUCGAGUUCUUCAAGGCAAACAAGUCAGAAUAAUCCACAACGUCGACAUAAUCUUGGUGUAGGAAUAAGACAACAAUCCGGAGAGAUCAAUAACCUUACUAGACCACCAUUUCCAAACGCAUUGAGAGCACAAAACAUUUUAGUGAGACCUCCUACCCCAAUUAUUACUCCACCUGUUGUUAAUAUAAGUGAGAUCAAUAUCCCGAGGCAAGCGACACAAAGUGGUACAACUUCACUUGUUACAUCCACAAUUCAAAUGAAUAAUAAUAUUUAUCCUCGUCAAGAUCCCACUUCCUUAUCAUCGGAAGCAGGAAAUACUUUGUUUCCUUUAUCCACCUCUCAUGACGCGUUGAAAAAAAAAUCAUCUCAUGAUUUUCAUGAUAAUCAAGCCACAACGAAUAAACGUAAACAAUUUCAUGAUACACAUAAUCGUAAAAAAUUAUUCUUAAAAUACAAAUCAUCCACCAACGCCACUACCACUUCACAAUCCGGAUCAAAAUCAACGGAUGCAAUAUUAAAAUCGAUUUCGGAUAAUUUCGAAAAUGAUUAUGAAAAUCAACUUCUGGAAUUAGAUAAACUUUUAAAGAAAAAUUGGAAAGAGUUGACUUAUUAUCGUUUGGAUAAACAUGAUUUACUUAAUAAAUUAUCCGCAUCAUUUAGUGAUGAUUCCAAGAGAUCUUCUUUUGAAAAUAUUUUUAUUAAACCUUUACUUAACAGUAAUGAAGAUUCCAAAAAAUCAUCAUUCGGAAAAUUAAUAAAUGCUGUUGAGGAAGAACUUGGUUAUACUGUAAUAUAUUCAGUGGCUCCACGUCCAGCAAGAGAUAAUUUUGUUAGAAUAAUUGCAAGUCGAUUUAGAAUUAAAUUUGUAUCAAUGGAUUCUAAUGAAAAAUUUGUGGAAAGUGUUAAACCUUAUAAACGUUUAAUUGAAUAUGCUCGAAAAAUUGCUCAUCAAAUUAAUCAUCCUGGAUCUCGUAAUCAUGACAUGGAUCGACGUCAUAACGUUGCCGCAUCAAUUGAAAAUCAUAUUUCUUCAUUAGCAAGAAGACAAAUAUAUAUUAGUUCUUCAGAAUUAUUUUCUGAUGAUCCCACCGAUUUAUUUGCGGAUUUACCACAACGUACUGAAAUACCUGGUGGAUCUCAUCAAAUCCUUUUUGAAAGUAGAGAAGAUAUGAUGAGUGAAGAUGUUGCAUCAAAUACUACUACAACAAAUUUACAACAACCUUCAGAAGAAUUAAUAAUUGAUGAUGAAAAUGAAUCCGGUGUUGAAGGAGAAUCCGAAACAUCAUCUUCAAUAUUUACUAUACGUCGCCUUGGUCAUACUUCAAAUGAUCCAUUAAAUCAAGAAAUUCGAGAAAGUCAAGGUGAUCAUGGUACGAUCGAAAAUGUUAAUGAGAAUGGAUCUAAUGCGGAAGAAGGUGAAUCAAUAAUGUCAUUUCAAUCAUCAAUAAAUCUUCAAGAUAAAUCUUCUCAACAUUUAACUCAUAAUGAACCUGGACUCUUAAAUCCAAUUCAUAAUAAUGAAGAAUUUUAUAUAGGUGGUAAACGUAUAAAUUUAGAUUCCACAAUUUAUGCUGCCAUAUAUCGUCAUUUAUUAAAGAAUCAAUAUGAAAGAUUGAAUGUAGAUUUUUGGAGUGGGGAAUAUGAGAUCCAAUAUAAAAAAGUGAAAUCAUCACCUUUACCACUUCACGAUCGACACGUUCCUGCUGAAUUGGAAAUGACGGAUUCCGCCAAAGAUAUAUUAAAAUUCAUGGCUCAUUUACAUUCAUUAUAUGAGAAAACCGUAGCAUCAAAUAAAUAUGAUCCAGGAUUAUUCCUUUGUCGAGAUGUUGAUAUGAAAAUGGAACCUUUACUUAAAGAUCCUUUAUCAGCAUUAACUCAAACAUUUCCCGAUUUACAUCUUAAGAUUUAUACGGAUUAUCGAUUUUUGAUGAGUGCAAAGAAGAGGCAUGAAUUCUUUAAAGCGAAAACAUUUGGAUUACGAGAUUUAACGAAUUUCGAUUUAACUGAUGAAGAGAAAACUCUCCUUAGACCAGUCUUACCUAGGGAUGAAAGACCUGGAGGUUUAUUAAAACCCGAAUUAUUUAAAUGGUUUUGUAAACAUUUCCCAAGAUUAGGAACCAUUAAAUCUAAUCUUAAAGUUACAUUCACCGGAGAACGUGGUGUUGGUGAAGGGGUUGCACGUGAAUUUUAUGCGAUGAUGUCACUCGAAUUUUCACAAGUUAAUAGAAAUAUGUGGAUACAUGAUUCAGAGGCAGGAAUGAAAGAUGAUGUAUGGAUUAAAAAUGUGAAUGGAUUAUAUCCAGCUCUUAUAGAUAAAAAGAUGACGGAAUCUGAAGAAGGAACGGUAAUUCAGGAAAAUUUUCGACUUUUGGGUCAAUUUGUGGCGAAAGCUAUCGUCGAUGGACGAGUAGUGGAUUUACCAUUUAACAAAGCUUUUAUUGAUCUUUUACUGCAUCCGGGACAUAUAACAUCCAAAAUUUCUCGUGAUGAUGACCUUUUAUUAAUAAUUGAAUCGAUUAAAUCAGUUUAUCCAACGUUUGGUAAAACCUUAGAAAAUUUAUAUUCCAUGCAAAAAUUGGAUGAAAGUUUAUGUAUACCGUAUGACAUUCCGAUUGGAAGAUCAACGAAAACUCAAAGAAAUGAAAUCGAACAUGGAAUUGAUGUUCAAUACGUUACGAAAGAAAAUUUCCGAGAUUAUAUUUUAAUAUGUAGGGAUUGGAUUUUUGAACGAGGGGUACAAAAACAAAUUGAAUCAUUUAAAGAAGGAUUUAAUCGAGUAUUUCCAUUUGAAUUCAUGAGAGAAUAUUCUACAACAGAAUUUGCUCAAUUGAUUUUAUUCCAGGUAGAUGAAGAUUGGAGUAUUGAAAUGUUACGUAAACACGUUAAACCUUUGGAUUCAUCAAGUAAUUAUGAAGUUGAUAAAGUUGUCGAGAUUAUGUCCGAAUUUAAUUGUGAAGAGAAAAAGAAAUUUUUAAGAUUUGUUACGGGUAGUCCCAAAUUACCAAUUGGAGGAUUUGAAGCAUUACAACUUAAAAUUUCUACUCGAGAUGAAGAAAAUUCGUAUCCUCAAGGAAGAACUUGUUUCAAUUCAUUUAUGAUUCCAAGAAAUAAUAAUAAAUUAGAAUUAACCAAAAAGAUCAAGGUGUUUGUGCACGCAGCAUAG